AUGCCAGGUUCUUCGAAUACUUUGCUUCGGACAAGAAAUUACUCGUUACAAUCGUAUCAGGCUGACCACCAUGACAACUAUUCACCAUCUUCUGUUGGCCAUUCACCUCAAAGCCCACCAAGCGUAAAUGGAUCGGUCAAUGGAGGUUUCUACCGAGAUCAUCACCAGCAACCCCAAAGCGGCUACAAUGCACCAUACCGUGCCCCACCACCCCCCUCCUUUGAUCCCCUCUAUGCUGCUGCCUCUGACGUCCUUGGGCUCCCUCCAGGAGCGGCUCCACCUCCAUCACCACAUGCCACGCUUCCCGUCUACCAACACUCACUCCCAAAUCGUUCUCCGUCACCAGCUCCCAGCACUUAUGCUCAGCAACCGCCCCCACCACCCCAGCCCACUAAUCAAUACCUUCAGCCUGGUUCUUCUGACCCUCAUCGUUUAUCCGGUGACCCAUAUGGAGCUGGUCCGCCGCCCGCGAACCCAGGAUUAAACCGUUCAGAUACUGUGAUGCCACGGAAUGGUAGACCCGCCAUGAAAGCAGUCGACGUUAAUCAGCCUCCUUACACGAAGGAAUACAUAGAUCAAUAUCGUAAUCGGUUGAAAGGAGAUCCCGAUCCGGAAACACACUUUGCAUUCGCCAAGUACCUCAUCGAUGCCGCAAAGAAGGUAGGAGCAAAUGCUCAAGACCAGAAAGCGGUACGGAGGUAUCGUGACCAGUUGAUAGCCGAAUCUGUCAAAGUUCUGCGUCGGCUGGCAACUACAGGAGAAACAUAUCCUGAAGCACAGUUCUUCUUAGCAAAUUGCUAUGGGACUGGCUUGCUCAAUCUCGAAGUUGAUCACGAAAAGGCAUAUCAUCUUUAUCUUCAGGCUUCGAAGCAAAAUCACGCACAGGCGUGCUAUCGGGUUGCCGUGUGCAACCUCAUUGGCGCUGGCACGAGGCGUGAUACCUCUCGUGCAUUUGCGUUUUACCGCAAGGCAGCUUCCCUUGGGGAUACAGCAGCGAUGUAUAAACUGGGAAUGAUCCUUCUCACAGGUGAUCUUGGGCAGAACAAGAAUCCACGCGAUGCGAUCCCAUGGUUACGGCGGGCUGCUGAACAGGCGGAUGAGGACAACCCUCACGCGUUGCAUGAACUCGGUUUAUUAUACGAGAGGCAGCAGGGUGCCUCAGGUUUCAUCAUUCAUGACCCUAAUUAUGCAAAGGAACUUUUCACCCAAGCUGCGAAUCUUGGCUACACUCAAUCACAAUUCAAACUUGGUCAUUGCUAUGAAUACGGCACGCUUGGCUGCCCUAUCGACCCGAAGCGCUCGCUCGCGUGGUACAUUAAAGCGGCAGGGAAGGAGGACCCGCACGCAGAAUUGGCGUUAAGCGGCUGGUACUUGACUGGAAGCGAUGGCAUUCUCAAGCAGAGUGAUUCAGAAGCAUAUCUCUGGGCGAGACGAGCAGCCAACAAGGGGCUUGCCGACGCUGAGUACGCUGUCGGAUAUUAUACGGAACAGGAAAUAGGAGUGAAAGCAGAUUUGGAGAUAGCAAAGCGAUGGUACAUGCGUGCAGCUGCACAAGGCAACUCCCGGGCAAUGGCUCGGCUCACUGAACUCAAACGCAAUGGCGGCCGUGGUGGAAAGCAUGCGAGACCAACUCGCCAGCAAGCAAAGGAUGAAGGAUGCAUAAUAAUUUAG